UUACUUCAGAGGUUUCGCUUAGAGUAUCAUCACGAGCCACUCGAUUUGCGCCAGAAGCUACUUACCGUUCCAGAUCAACCGGUUAAGAUCAAGUUUGUCGACCGCCGUUGAUUGUACCCUGUUUCUUUGUUGUUCGUGUUAGUAGUCAGUGGUGGUAGUUUUUUAACAUUUUUUAACUCUCGGACGUACACGCAAAGUCAUACCCCCACCGUGGUACAAGGGGAGGGGGUUGAUGGAACCCCCUCCCCCCUUGGGUUUUUUUAUAUGUUGCAGUAUUUCGAAACGAGUUUGCCUUCAGUGGAAAGCCUUUCAUCUUCUCUACAAGAUGAGGUAUAUUUUGUGGGUGGUGGCGCUGCUGGGGGUCUGUGACGUCACCAAACAUGGUCGCCAUCUAGGAUUUUUCAAGAAGUACAAGUCAGGUAAAAAAAGGGAGAAUUAAUAAUUUUUUGCGCCUAACAUGUAACAUAACACAUAAAUAAGUACUUUGCAUUAUUUUAUCCUCAAACUUUACUUUUAUUCCCGUAGGAAGUUGAAAACUUGCAUGCAUUUUCACUCAAAAUUGGCUUGACUACCUGCUACUUAUGACGUCAUAUCUCGUACCCAUAGUAACUGACUGCCAGUAAACUUGUCUCAGAAUGCGCGCGAGGGAUAAACAAACAGCUACAGAAANUCUCCCCAAGGUUAGAGCGAAAUUUGAAUCCAGAUAUGCAAGCUUUUGAAAAGUAAAUUCAGUUUAAUUCUUUUCUUCAACAAGUGGAUGUUUGGAUGCUCUUAAAAAUAACAGAGAAAAUUAUGCGAUAAAAUGCUUUUGAACACUAAAGAAAAAGAAACCGGGCUUAAAUUUAACCCUGGGUUAAGCGCUAAUUGGCCUUCGAACAACCGGACCCCGGAAGGUACAAAAAAGUUUAGCCUGCUGCGAACACAGACAUACUCCCGGACGUUUCUUCUUUCCACCCUCGAAGUUACUUUUCCGGUAGAGAGAAGCGAUGACAGGAUACGUCGGCAGCGUUCACAGGCUGAAAUAUUGUUAUUUCUGAUAUAUCAACGCCUCUUAUUCGCCAUUUCUCUUUGCUGCAGUUACUUCAGAGGUUUCGCUUAGAGUAUCAUCACGAGCCACUCGAUUUGCGCCAGAAGCUACUUACCGUUCCAGAUCAACCGGUUAAGAUCAAGUUUGUCGACCGCCGUUGAUUGUACCCUGUUUCUUUGUUGUUCGUGUUAGUAGUCAGUGGUGGUAGUUUUUUAACAUUUUUUAACUCUCGGACGUACACGCAAAGUCAUACCCCCACCGUGGUACAAGGGGAGGGGGUUGAUGGAACCCCCUCCCCCCUUGGGUUUUUUUAUAUGUUGCAGUAUUUCGAAACGAGUUUGCCUUCAGUGGAAAGCCUUUCAUCUUCUCUACAAGAUGAGGUAUAUUUUGUGGGUGGUGGCGCUGCUGGGGGUCUGUGACGUCACCAAACAUGGUCGCCAUCUAGGAUUUUUCAAGAAGUACAAGUCAGGUAAAAAAAGGGAGAAUUAAUAAUUUUUUGCGCCUAACAUGUAACAUAACACAUAAAUAAGUACUUUGCAUUAUUUUAUCCUCAAACUUUACUUUUAUUCCCGUAGGAAGUUGAAAACUUGCAUGCAUUUUCACUCAAAAUUGGCUUGACUACCUGCUACUUAUGACGUCAUAUCUCGUACCCAUAGUAACUGACUGCCAGUAAACUUGUCUCAGAAUGCGCGCGAGGGAUAAACAAACAGCUACAGAAAACUUCAGGUGCUGAUGUUUUAUCGCUCAGGAAAAAAAAUCAGAAAAACCUUAGGGGCCUCCCUUGUACGUCCGAGGGUUAAAAGGUAUCAUCCAUGUUAAAAAUCAAUAACUUUUCGAAUUUUUUUUUAUGAUUAGAUAGAGCUCCUUGAGAACUUUCUUUUAAAAACAUGGCUGAAAGAAAUGUUAUUUCUACGGAGACUUAUCGAGCGCAAAAGAUUCUUUGAUGCUUAUUACUUUCUUAAUUGAUUGAUGACAAGUUCUACCACACAUGUCACGACACCAGUCAAGUGAUAAUCACACAAUUCAUUGCUAUUUACAAGAAAUCGUACUUUACAGCGUCCAUUCUUUUGGGUUGUAAAUGCUUCCAAAAGGGGGGCAAAAGAUAAUGGUUUGUCUAGUUUGUUUUUGUGUGCCUCAUCAAUACGAAAGAUGACUGCUCUUUCCAACUGUUUGCAAGACCAAAAGAGAUAGCUUUCCGUUUUAAAUAGCUUUUGGUCCUCAUAUGCGGCAUGAUUUCCCGCCAAAUCAGUAUUUUUUUAAAGUGGUAUUCAAAACAAGGAUACUUAAAGGUUGCAGAAAAUACUUAUCCUUUUCGCAUAUAAAGAGAUAAAUUAUUAUAUGUUACAUUUGCUAAUCUGACUAGACUGUUCUGAACGCCUGAAACAGGCUGCCAGAGAGGAAAGUAGACCAUGUCUUUUUAAGUGAACCAGAAAAGAAUUCGGGGAAACUGCCACUCACCCAACCCUCCGGUCCUCAACAUUUUCCUGUGGUAGAUAGGGCGUUUUUUCGGGAUGUUAUAAAUCAUUUAAAAAUGAAACUCACAUUAUUGUUCAUUAAAUCUUUGUAGAGGGAGGCAUUAUAUUCAGUAGAAUAAUGAAAAAAAAAAAUAUACCUGACACUAAAAGGAUCGGAAAUCAUUCUAUAAAGAUAUGAGACAUCUUGUGACAAUAUGCGUCAUACAUGUACAUAUUGUUUUGUAAGUAAUGUGGCCUGAGGUACGAUUAGUGUAUAAGAUUAGAAUACUGUUAGUAUUGUCUUGUUUUAAAUAAGUACAGUCAUGCUUUUAGAAUACAGUAAAAUCUUGCACCAUGCAUGGUGUUACCGAUUAAAAAACAAUAAUAAACAGAUAAAUUUAAACUGGUAGCUCGUGUAGUAUUUGAUGACCCACCCUCCCUUCUUCAUUAGGAAUGUUUUUGGGUACCCCCUUGUAGGCCCAAAUGAAUUGAGAUUACCCCCUCCCCUCAAAAGAAGGAAAGAAAGCGGGAAAGGAUGAAGGAAAAAAUUGUAAAAUGACUAAUUGAACGUACAUCAAAUAUAGACGUUUCUAAAUGGCCAAUUAUUAGCUAGACUACGAGUAGUCCCCCAUUUUUCCUCAGGGAUAGUAGAGCGAGCGAAACGCGAGCGCGCGUGAAAAUCACCUCACGCGAGAAAAGGUGAUAUGCCGCGUGUUGCCUUUUCUCUCGUGGGGUGAUUUUCACGCGCGCUCGCGUUUCGCUCGCUCUACUAUCCCUGAGGAAAAAUGGGGUACCACUCGUAGUCUAAUAAGCAGCAAACAGACAUCGUCUGUAUAAGCUGACGGUUGCAAAGAAGUCGUCGGUUUAUAAAAAAGAGAACCGCGAUAGAAAAUUUGGGAUCUUGUAAAAGUAGCAAACUUAUUUAUUUUGUACAAAAUACUUACUGCAUUGGAUGCUAUACAAAGUGAGGACAGCCAUUUUGUUAUUUGGUUUGUUCAUAUGAUGGCGGGCAACAGUGGACUGGUUACAUGGUCGUUGUUAAAAGGCAAGCGGGGAAUUAAUGAGGAUCGGAAGAGGCCG